AUGGCGGCGAUAGGGAAAACGACGCUGGACUCGGGGUGGCUCGCCGCGAGGUCCACGGAGGUCCAUCUCAGUGGGACCCAGCUCACCACCACCCAACCUCCCUCCGUUGGCCCCACCUCCCCUUGGAUGGAGGCCGUUGUUCCCGGAACUGUUUUGGCAACCUUGGUGAAGAACAAAGUUGUACCCGAUCCGUUCUAUGGGUUGGAAAACGAGUCAAUCAUAGACAUUGCUGAUUCCGGGAGAGAGUACUAUACAUUCUGGUUCUUUACAACCUUUCAAUGUAAGCUGUCAGGUACUCAGCACCUGGAUCUGAAUUUUCGUGCAAUCAAUUAUUCUGCAGAGGUAUAUUUAAAUGGGCACAAAAAAGUCCUGCCAAAAGGGAUGUUUCGAAGGCAUUCUCUCGAUGUCACUGAUAUAGUGCAUCCUGAUGGUCAAAACUUGCUUGCUGUUCUUGUUUACCCUCCAGAUCAUCCAGGGAGUAUUCCUACUGAGGGUGGGCAAGGCGGUGAUCAUGAGAUCGGGAAAGAUGUAGCUACUCAGUAUGUGGAGGGUUGGGAUUGGAUGUGUCCUAUAAGGGAUAGAAACACUGGCAUAUGGGAUGAGGUGUCAAUUUCUGUAACAGGGCCAGUAAAAGUAAUUGAUCCCCACUUGGUUUCAUCAUUUUAUGACAAUUACAAGAGGGCAUAUUUGCAUGCUACAACUGAGUUGGAAAAUAAGAGCACCCAGGUUGCUGAGUGUUCAUUGAAUAUUCAAGUAACAACAGAUCUUGAAGGAAAUUUUUGUUUAAUAGAGCAUCUUCAGACUCAACAUUUGUCAAUCCCUGCUAGAUCACGGGUGCAAUAUACGUUUCCUGAGCUCUUUUUCUAUAAGCCCAAUUUAUGGUGGCCAAAUGGUAUGGGAAAGCAAUCCUUGUACAAAGUUUCUAUUACUGUUGAUGUAAAGGGAUAUGGAGAGUCUGAUUUGUGGAGCCAAUUAUUUGGAUUCCGCAAAAUUGAGAGCCACAUUGAUAAUACCACUGGAGGAAGGUUGUUCAAGGUCAAUGGUCAGCCUAUUUUUAUUCGUGGUGGUAAUUGGAUAUUAUCAGAUGGCCUCCUACGACUUUCAAAGAAGCGUUACAGUACAGACAUCAAGUUUCAUGCAGAUAUGAAUUUUAACAUGAUCCGUUGUUGGGGUGGUGGACUGGCUGAGAGGCCAGAAUUUUAUAAUUACUGUGACAUAUAUGGGUUGUUGGUCUGGCAAGAAUUUUGGAUUACAGGAGAUGUCGAUGGACGAGGUGUCCCUGUAUCAAAUCCCAAUGGUCCACUGGACCAUGAUCUUUUCUUGCUAUGUGCAAGAGAUACUGUCAAGCUUCUCAGGAACCAUCCUAGUCUUGCCCUCUGGGUGGGUGGAAAUGAGCAAAUUCCACCAGAUGACAUCAACAAAGCUCUGAAACAAGACCUCAGGCUCCAUCCACAUUUUGAAAGCUCAUUAAAUGAAGGUGGCAAGACCCCAGUGUUGAGGGAUCCAAGCCAAUAUCUUGAUGGUGCACGCAUUUACAUCCAAGGAUCCAUGUGGGAUGGGUUUGCAAAUGGAAAGGGGGACUUCACUGAUGGCCCUUAUGAAAUUCAAAAUCCCGAAGACUUCUUUAAGGAUGACUUUUACAAAUAUGGGUUCAAUCCUGAAGUUGGUUCUGUAGGUAUGCCUGUUUCAGCUACCAUCAGAGCUACAAUGCCUCCAGAAGGAUGGCAGAUUCCUUUGUUUAAGAAAGUUUCCAAUUAUUAUCAAGAAGUCCCAAACCCCAUCUGGGAAUACCAUAAAUACAUCCCCUAUUCAAAACCAGGCAAGGUUCAUGACCAGAUUUUACUUUACGAGUCCCCAAAGGAUCUCAAUGAUUUUUGCUUGAAGGCUCAACUUGUUAACUACAUCCAGUAUAGAGCUCUACUGGAGGGUUGGACUUCUCGAAUGUGGACUAAAUACACUGGUGUUUUGAUUUGGAAAACACAGAAUCCUUGGACAGGUCUUAGAGGUCAGUUUUACGAUCAUCUUCUAGACCAAACGGCAGGUUUCUAUGGCUGUCGCUGUGCUGCGGAGCCAAUCCAUGUCCAGCUUAACUUGGCUACAUAUCUUUUAGAGGUUGUCAACACUACAUCAGAGGAACUAUCUGACAUCGCUAUACAAGCCUCAGUGUGGGAUCUAGAAGGAACAUGCCCAUACUACAAAGUUCACGAAAAGCUUUCAGUGCCGCCAAAAAGUACAGUGCCAAUUGCUGAGAUGAAAUAUCCAAAAUCUAAAAACCCAAAGCCAGUUUACUUUCUUCUUCUCAAACUGUAUCGCAUGUCAGACGAUCGCAUUAUAUCCAGGAACUUUUACUGGUUGCAUCUGUCUGGUGGGGAUUACAAGCUGUUAGAACCAUACAGGAAGAAAACAGUACCACUCAAGAUUAUAUCCCAGGUUUUCAUCAAAGGAACCACUAACGAAAUGCAUAUGCUUGUGGAGAACACAUCUAAGAAACCAGAGCCAAAAAGCCGAACCUAUCGAAACGAUUUUGCUACUGAACAAGGUGAUGGUGAUUUCGAUGUAGCCUCGAUGCACUCUACACAUGAUGGAGCAGACAAAAAACAUGAAGCUAGUUGGUUUCAGAAAAUAUCCAGACAUUUCACAAAGGAGAGUGAUGGCUUGAGGGUUGCUGAGAUCAAUGGCAGUGACAUAGGCGUGGCUUUCUUCCUGCAUUUUUCAGUGCAUGGAUUGAAGAAGGGCCAUAAGGAAGGAGAAGACACAAGAAUUCUUCCUGUUCAUUAUUCGGACAACUAUUUUUCGCUGGUGCCGGGUGAAGCUAUGCCCAUCAAGAUCUCUUUUGAGGUCCCUCCUGGUGUCACCCCACGAGUUACUCUUGACGGAUGGAAUUACCAUGGUGUCCAUACAGUCCAUUGA